GAUCAUAUCAAACACAUUUGGUGUGGAGGUCGUGAUGAUUUGACUAAUCACAUCAUGAAGUUAUUUGCUUGGUAUGUUCAACGUCCGUAUGAAAAGUCAGGAGCUUGUGUCGUUCUUGAGGGGGAGGAAGGUUGCGGUAAGAAUAUUGCGUUUGAGAUUCUGAAAAAUCAUGUCAUUGGGACUCGCUACUGUCUUGAGACGCCAAAGAUGAAAAUUCUGACUGGUCGCUUCAACUCGGCACGCGAGCAUAAGAUAUUGACCGUUUUGAACGAAGCAGCCAAUGUCAAGCAAUCCUCACAUGAAGACCAAGACGAACUUAAAGACUGCAUCACCGAGCCGACUUGUAUGAUUGAGAAAAAAGGCAUCGACCCUUAUCGAGUCAAGGACUGUAAUAAUCUCUUUAUUGCAUCCAACAAUUCGUACAGCGUGAAAGCGUCAAAACAAAUGCGUCGAUUUCUCUAUUUGCUGUGUAGAAGUGAUCGUCUCGGCGAUAAAGCAUACUUCAAGGCGAUGAUUGACGAGUUUGAUAAUACUGAUAGUGGUAUUCAUUUGUAUCAUUAUCUUAUGAAUAUGGACUUAAAUGGAUUCCAUCCUCAGAACGACGCGCCAAUGACCAAAGAAAAGUCUGAUAUG